AUGGCGCAAACGGGAACUUUCUCAUGGAUCAGUGAACGACCUCAUGUAUCACACCCGAUCACUCCGAAUCAGAAGCCCCACUCAAAUUAUCGCCCUCGAAAAUCGCAUACUAAGUCUAGGAACGGCUGCAAUAACUGCAGGAAACGCAGAAUAAAGUGUGAUGAAGCAAAACCAAGCUGUGGACAAUGUUCAGACCGACUACUCGGGGCAGUUCAGUGUGAAUAUCUUGUCCUACAAAAGCCACUCAUGAGAGACCAAUUACCGUCGAAACAACAGAUAUCGACCGGACGGAUCUGUAGCCCAUCGGUCAGAGACCAAAUCAUUUCGUACCUGGAAAAGUCAGAGGUUCCGUGCUCGCACUUUAAAGACCCCAUCUACAAGCCAGGUGAUGCUUCUGAAUUACUGGACCACUUCACUGAAGUCACUACUCCUUGGGUUGGAUCUCAAUCGUUUCAGCAUAUCAUCCAGCAGCAUGGGCUAAGUAUUUCUCUCAAAGCCCCUUACCUAAUGCAUGCCAUUCUUGCUUUUUCGGCAAGCCAUCUUCAUUAUUUACACCCAAAAGAGAAAAAAUAUGGCAUUGCUUUCACGUUACACUACUCUAAAUCUUUAUCGUCCUACUCAUCAGAGCUUCGAACGAGCUUGAAUGCCAGAAAUGCAGAUGCAAUCAUCGCAUCGUCUUACCUUCACACGAUGCUGACUUUUAGAAAUAUUCAGCCAGAUCUAAAUAUUGACACUGAUGAAAGCGGUCGACUUACUUGGCUACGUGCUAUGAGAGGGGUAUCAAUCUUGUGGGAUACGAGCGAUAUGAAUUGCCACCUCCAAGACAGUAUUUUGCUAGAUAUGAAACACGAUCCCAAAUUCUUAAACGAAGGUCCUUGCAAUCAUGACAAGCCGAACGACGUAAAUCCGUGGGCACUAGAAAUAUCUAGAGCGCUUCAUAGGCUAUUUGAAGGGGAACAGGAUUCAAAGAUGUUCAAGGAUUCUUAUGAGGGGCCCUUGAGGCACUUAUGUCAACUGAUACGACUCGGAACUGGCCAAGAUACGAUCUGCACGUUUAUGUCGUUCGUGGGUGAACUCCCCGAUUCCUUUGUGCAGUUACUGGAUCAGAAAGACCCCAGAGCUUUGUUGAUUUUAUGUUAUUGGAGUGCCCUAUUGAGCCAAAUAUACUACUGGUGGGUUAUGGACCCUGCAACUGCUGUGUGUAGUAGGCUUUGUGCAUACUUGGAUGGGAUUCACGAUGAGAGGAUACGUAGCCUACUACAUUAUCCAGCCAAUCAGUGUGGCUAUAUGAUGGAUAGUGCACUUCUAAACAUCGUCGACGCACCUCUACAAAUGGAUUGCCACAAUAUCAGUUUAUAA